ACUAGAUUUUUGCUUAUAUUUAAUUGGAAGUUACAUGAAAAAUGCCGAUCAGAGAGUUCAAAAUAAUCAUAUCCUUCCUCUGAUUUUGUCAGGCCUAUGUCUUUGACUCAAAGCCAGUAUUAAUGUUGAUUGUGCUAUUUGCAAGGAUGAUGAAAACAAAGAACAGAUAUAUUUUAAAAUAUGCUAUUCAAAUGGCAUGGUCACAUCUACUAAAAUAGAUUUAUAGGACAAGAAGUGCAGUUGCUGUCUGCUAAUGUCAUUUAUCAGUCUGUUUUCUGCAGUUUUAACCACCUGGGGAAUGGUUCAUGAACAGCACAGGUUUUGCUGGCUGUGAAUUAUUGAGGACAUAGAAAGCGAGUGGGAGUUAGCAGAGUCCACCUCUUCCAUAUGUCUGCACGUGUGGUUUAACUCAUUGUCAACUCCUAUACCAAGUCUUGUAAAAGAAAAGGUUUUUGCAUGAGCAUAACAUUGAGUAGUGGUAGAGAGUGUACUGGUCUGCCUUAUGGCACAAAGAUCUAUAUUGCAGCAGUAUAUCCGCAACAGCAGGAUACUUGAUACUGAAGCUUUGAGGCUUUUUAAAUUGUUACACAGAACUCGACAAGAAGUUUUUAAGAAUGAUACAAGAGCCCUUGAAGCUGCAAGACAAAAGAUAAAUGAAGAAUUCAAAAAUAACCAAAAUGAAACAUCUGAAAAGAAGAUAAAUGAGCUGCUGAAAAUAGCUUCAGAUGUUGAAGUGAUUCUCAGAACUUCUGUUAUUCAGGCAGUUCACACAGAAUCCAACAAAAUAUUGCUCUUACCCAGGAAGGAUCUGCUACAAGACAAUAUUCCUUACUUUGAUAAACCAACAAAAAAGCAUGAAUCCUGAGAAGAGUGUGCCCUUCUUCACAGUAGUAAAACCUGGUAAUGAGAACUCUGAAAAACAGUAGUGUGUAUCUAUCUUAAUUGUUUUCCAAAUUUUAAUUUAAUGCCAAGAAAAUGUGGACUGAAACCAGUUUUGUUUGUUAUGAUAUCACCAUGGACUUCUUUUGAGGAAGAUGGUACUAUUUCCACAGAAACUUGAGAGACACGAUUUCCUUGAAAAAGAAAGUGUAUAAAUAUAUGUACUGCUGAACUUCAGAGAGGAGUAUCAGAUAUAGAUUGUUUCCUAGCAGUCUAGAAUUUUGACAAACUAAAUGCAAGUGAAUUGUAGCUCUUAAUCUUGAUAACAUUACAUUAUAUACUGCUUUGAAAUAACUGAAAACCAUGUUGUAAAACUUACCAUUAAAUUUAUGCUUCACAUCAGAAAGCUUGAAUUCUUAAGUUAUUAACUCUACACUAAAAUACUGUAGUGUUUGAGAAAGUUCUUAAGACUUGUCUGAAUAAAUUAUUCAGGUAUUACAGAAAGGCAA